UCAGUUCACAUUAGGAAAAGUAUGUGACAGGAGUAAGAAUAGCCCACUUGGUAAAAACGAAGAACUCAAGGAGAAACUAAAGAAGUAUGUUGAUGAAGUGAACGCCCGUAAGCCUGGUUUCAUCAAGGUUGUUCGGCACAGCAAACAAGAGGGGCUGAUUCGAUCUCGCGUUAGUGGAUGGAGAGUAGCCACAGCACCAGUAGUUGCUCUCUUUGAUGCCCAUGUGGAAUUCAAUGUGGGAUGGGCUGAACCAGUGCUCACUAGGAUAAAAGAAAACAGAAAAAGAGUAAUUUCUCCAUCAUUUGAUAACAUUAAGUAUGAUAAUUUUGAAAUAGAGGAGUAUCCCCUCUCAGCACAGGGGUUUGACUGGGAGCUGUGGUGCCGAUAUCUGAACCCUCCUAAAUCAUGGUGGAAACUGGAGAACACAACUGCUCCAAUAAGAAGUCCUGCAUUGAUUGGAUGCUUCAUAGUAGAUAGAGAAUAUUUCCAAGAGAUUGGCUUACUGGAUGAAGGCAUGGAAGUAUAUGGAGGAGAGAAUGUGGAGCUUGGAAUCAGGGUAUGGCAGUGUGGAGGAAGCGUUGAGGUUCUACCUUGCUCCAGGAUUGCCCACAUUGAAAGAGCACAUAAACCAUACACAGAAGAUCUAACUGCUCACGUCCGGAGAAAUGCACUAAGAGUGGCUGAAGUCUGGAUGGAUGAAUUUAAGAGCCAUGUCUAUAUGGCGUGGAACAUACCCCAGGAGGACUCCGGAAUUGAUAUUGGUGAUAUUUCUGAGAGGAAGGCCUUGAGGAAGAAGCUCCAGUGCAAGACCUUUAGGUGGUAUCUUGUCACUGUGUAUCCAGAAAUGAGAAUGUAUUCAGAUACUGUCGCGUAUGGGGUGCUGCAGAAUUCCCUGAAAAGUGAUUUGUGCCUUGAUCAAGGGCCAGACACUGAGAAUAUCCCAAUCAUGUAUAUCUGCCAUGGAAUGACACCACAGAAUGUUUAUUACACAAGCAAUCAGCAGCUCCAUGUGGGUGUUCUGAGUCCCACUAUCGACGAUGAUGACAACAGAUGCCUGGUGGAUGUGAACAGCAGGCCCAGGCUCAUUGAAUGCAAUUAUGCCAAAGCCAAGAGAAUGAAGCUUUACUGGCAGUUUACUCAGGGAGGUCCAAUCCAGAACCGAAAAUCCAAGCGUUGCCUGGAAUUGCAGGAAAACAAUGAAAAUGAAUUUGGAUUUCAGCUCGUCCUUCAGAAGUGCACUGGACAACGCUGGUCUAUAACAAAUGUCCUGAAAAGCUUGUCAUCAUAGCAGACUAAAUUUUUUUACCUGUUUCUUUUGCUACUGUGUAGCAAAUAUUGCAUUGUUGCCUGCUGUACUGUAUUCCUCUUGCCCCCACACCCCUGGUUCCUUCUCUCCUCUUUUUUUGUCUCUUUAUUUUCUGAGUGUGUGGAAAUUGGGUUUGUGGGCUGAAAAUAAGACGUUUUUAUUUCACAAUGAUGUUUUCUUGGCAUUUAUAGAGAUGUUGACUGACAGGUGAUGGGUAGACUAUCCUAAAAUAUUUUACAACUGUAAAUAGGAAACAAAUGGAAAAUAUUUAUAACUCAAACUUUUAUUGAAUAAAAAAGUCUAAACACUA